AAAAAAAUCACUAAAAUUUUACGAAUAAUAGCUAAAUUUACAUCACUGAUUAAAAAGGCUGUAUUGAAGAAGAAGACAAAGUGGAAUUGUUAAAAGAUGUCGUUUGCCACAAAAAUUUGUGCCUCAUUAAUUCACAAUGGCUUUAAACAACUGGUCGCCCCUGUGGCUGACACAACUACACGUAAUUUUCACAUGAUGGUUAAACCUCUGCCGAAAAACAUUACGGAAACAUCGUCAUUAACCCAAAACCCAAUUGCUAGCAGCGUGCUAUCACCAAUAUCCGUAGUCAGCGGUCUACAACGUUUGCUCGCUCCCGUCUCCUCAUUGAUUAAUCAGGUUGCUGGUUUUAAGGUUAAGGGUCGUCUAAAGCGUCGUUGCAAAGAUUGUUAUAUUGUUGUACGCCAACAGAGACAUUAUGUCAUAUGUCCAACACAUCCGCGUCACAAACAAAUGUCGAUGAAGAAACGCGACUAUAAAUCAUGGAUUCUCACUCAUGCCACACAAUCGAAAGUAAGGCCCUAUUAAAUUGAGUUGAUCGUGUUAAAAGUUAAUAAAUUUUCUUGUUGAAAUCCAUAUUA